AUUUGGAAAUGAUAACAAAUACAAAUGGAGUUUCAUACAACAUAUAUCAUUUUUUAUGGUUUAAAGAUGAAUCUUUAUUGAAAGAGUCUUUUCAGAUAAGAAUACCAGAUACUUUAAUUUAUAAAAAUGGAGUUCCUUAAGUAAAACUAAUCUUAAAUUAGGUUUGGUACUUUACAAGUAAGGAAGGUGAGAUUAUGACUAAGAAAUCUGAAGCUAGAAAAUCUGAAAAUCUAAUUAGACAUUUUUGUUAAGGUGAUAAACCAAAUGGAUAAGUCAUUGCAUACUAUAUAUACCCUUAAAAAUAUAAUCAUCCUGAUCCAAAAGAGGAGAAAUCGUUUCCAAAUCAAUAAAAAAAAGCUAAGCCACCGUUAGACUUUGAUGAAAAGAUAUGCAUAUAUUAUCUAACGAAACAAAUGUUUCCAGAGUUUGUAAAUUCUCCAAAUAAACCACCUUCUGGGAUAUUAUAAAAGUUUAUAGAACCAUUAGGAUAUCAUGAAUCAUUGAUAUAAGCAAUUUGGAGUCCUUCAGUGUGCAUAUUAUCAAAGAAACAAAACAAUCGAGAUUUAUAUGAUAUGUCAUAUGAUCCUUAUGGUAAAAAUAUUAUCUAUAAUAGAAAGAUGCACAACCUUUGAUGGAGGUGAAGCUUACUCUCGAGUGAUUCCUUUAAGAGGUAAGGAAAUUUCAUAAGAGAUAAGAAAACAAUGUUAGAUGAUAGUUUAGAAGAUUACGAAUUUAAGCUAUGGAUAAACAAAUCUAUCUAGAAUAGUUUUUUAUUUUAAAGCAGACUAAGUAUUUAAUAAUGAAUCUAUGAUAGAAUAAUAAAGUAUGGUUCUUAUAUUCUUCCUCAAUAAGAUUAUAAGGAGAAGCCUAAUCAUAAAUAAAGUUGUAUAAACCUUUAUGGGGUAAUACUAAUGUUAAGAAAAAUAAUACACCAAUUCCAUUUAAUACGAAUUUUUAGAAACCUCAUUCAAUAAAGAAUAUGCUCACAGUAAAUACUAUGCAUCCAGUAGCUUUAAUUAAAGACAUUGAAUGUUUUGAGUGUGGAGUUUUAUGUUAAUAAAAAGGUGAAAUAUUUCAUAAUAUUAUUUAGAUUUAUACCAUUUGACUUAUGAGUAUAUAAUGAAGCAUUUUGAUUAAGAUUCAAAUCAACAUCCACUUGUUAAUAAUAUUGAAAUAAUUAAACCUAAAUCCUUUUAAUAAUGUGAAGGUCAUCUUAGAGAUAUACAUUCACAUAUUCCACCGCUUAUUUUAAAGCUUUAUCCACAUUUAACAGUGCAACUAUUUUAAUAAUUAAAAGUCAAUGAUGCAUUUUUAAUAAAAUCUGUUCUUAUAUGCGAAAGUUGCUUUUUAAAAUAUAGUGAAUCAGAUCCUGGCAUUUCAGGAGCUAAAUUAAGAGUCUCUAAAUAAUUAAAGAGAAUUGUUAAAUAAUAACCAUCUAAAAGUAUUCUUAAUAGAAGACCAGAUUUAAAAGAUUUCUUAAUUGAAACAAAUUUAGAACUACUGAAAUAUAAAAAUGCUCAUUCAAUAAGUAAUUCAAAAGAAGUUUAAUCAAAUAGCCAUGUUACAACAUCAUUCUUGCAUUCCUUUCAGAAUGUCACUCAAAGUACAAAUAUCGGGAAAACCUCUUCUGUAAAGUAAUUUCGAAAUCCUACAGAACCUGGGUAUAUUAGAUUACAUACAGCAAAAUGA